CAAAGCGGAACUCUUGAAGGCCAUUUUUAUGUUGCUGAGGACGUUUUACGGAGACGUACUUAUUAGUUGAAGAUUUACAAGUCUGUUUUCCUUGGCGACAAGCAGUCUAACAUGAAUGUGAACCAGGGGACGGUGGGCAGCGACCCGGUCAUUCUAGCCACGGCUGGAUACGACCACACUGUCCGUUUCUGGCAGGCCCACAGCGGGAUCUGCACCAGGACAGUCCAGCAUCAGGACUCUCAAGUAAAUUCACUAGAGGUCACACCUGACCGAAGCAUGAUUGCAGCUGCAGGUUAUCAGCAUAUACGCAUGUAUGACCUGAACUCCAACAACCCAAACCCUGUAAUUAACUAUGAUGGAGUCAGCAAGAACAUCACAUCUGUUGGCUUUCAUGAAGAUGGACGCUGGAUGUACACAGGAGGAGAGGACUGCAUGGCUCGUAUAUGGGACCUAAGGUCAAGAAAUCUGCAGUGUCAGAGGAUCUUUCAAGUAAAUGCUCCAAUCAACUGUGUGUGUCUACAUCCCAACCAGGCAGAGCUAAUUGUUGGAGACCAGAGUGGAGUGAUCCAUAUCUGGGAUCUGAAAACUGACCACAAUGAACAGCUGAUUCCAGAGCCAGAGGUCUCAGUCAACUCUGUUCACAUAGACCCAGACGCCAGUUAUAUGGCAGCAGUCAACAGCUCGGGGAACUGUUAUGUGUGGAACCUUGCUGGAGGCAUGGGAGAUGAAGUGACUCAGCUCAUUCCCAAGACUAAAAUCCCUGCACACAAACGCUACUCCCUACGCUGCAAGUUCAGCCCGGACUCCACACUACUGGCCACCUGCUCAGCAGACCAGACCUGUAAGAUCUGGCGGACGUCCAAUUUCUCACUGAUGACAGAGCUGAGCAUCAAGAGCAACAAUCCUGGAGAGACGUCCAGAGGUUGGAUGUGGGACUGCGCUUUCUCCGGAGACUCCCAGUAUAUCGUUACCGCAUCUUCAGACAACCUUGCACGCCUGUGGUGCGUGGAGACGGGCGAGAUCAAGAGGGAAUACAGCGGCCACCAGAAGGCUGUGGUGUGUCUGGCCUUUAAUGACAGCGUGCUCGGCUGAAACAGAAGUAGAGGGGCUGCAGAGAAGUGGCAACCAUACAAAGUCAAUGAACUCUUUGAAGAAUGUGUCUUGGUUGUGAGAAGACGUGCGAGUAUCUGCAUAAGUGGGAAUCCUUGGAAAUUUUCUCUGGAGUGAUGGCCUUGUUUUGGAAUAUUGCAGCUUUUUCUUCUCAAAGCCUGUAAGUAUUCAGCUGAACAACAAGGCCAAGGCUAAAAAAAAAUCAGCAUUAAAGUCGAUCUUAAAGAGCCGAGCAGCUUUCAGCAUCUAAGCCAGGCUGAACAGUUUCAAUGUCUGUUUUUCAGAGCAUUUAAUAAAUCAAAAGGACCACAUUCACAAUAACUGCAGACUCAAUUAUCUGUGUGCUUUAUAUACUUCCUAGAAUAAUCUUUAUGCACAGCUAAUUUGUAAAGUGCACUGUUCCUGAUGAUCCAUGUGGAGAAGGAAGAGUUAUGAUUAAAUUAUGUACAGAAAAAUCAAAGCUUUCAUUGUGAAUCUCCAUCCUUUUCCAGACUAU